AUGAGCAUAGAAUUUGUUGACGGCCAAACAGUGAUGGAAUUUGUGAACGACUCGCAAGCAUUUGAGAAAUGGACAAAUGAGAAAUUCAAAACGUUAGAUGCCGACGCGGAUGGAGUUUUGUCCCGCGACGAACUCCAGAAGAGGGUGGGGAAAUUGUCAUCCAUGAAAUUCGACCUGCAAUCGAAGGACGAGAUCAACAGCCUCUACGACUUGCUCUUCAAUAAAUUUGACGUUGACAAAAGCGGAACAAUCGAUCCCGACGAAUUCAGGGCCCUUAUGAAGGAGAUGAUGCUCGCUAAAGCACGUGGGAUUGGCAAUUCCCCAAUCUCCAUAAUUGUUCAUGGGGAUAGCUUGCUUAUGAGGGCCGUUCAACAUGCAUCAAAUACAAUAUGA